AUGCUUCCCGAUAGGCUGCCGUACUCUAUUAGGAUUCUUCUGGAGUUGGCCAUUCGGAACUGCGACGAGUUCCAGGUCAAGAGCAAAGAUGUCGAGAAGAUCAUCGACUGGGAAAACACUUCUCCUAGACAAGUCGAGAUCCCAUUUAAGCCGGCUAGAGUGCUGCUGCAGGAUUUUACUGGGGUGCCUGCUGUCGUUGAUCUUGCUUGCUUGCGUGAUGCGAUGAAUAGCCUCGGGGGAGAUCUGAAUAAAAUCAACCCACUGGUUCCAGUGGAUCUUGUUAUCGACCACUCUGUUCAGGUUGAUGUGGCAAGGUCAGAAAAUGCUGUCCAGGCUAAUAUGGAACUUGAGUUUCAUCGGAACAAGGAGAGAUUUGGCUUUCUCAAGUGGGGUUCAACUGCAUUUCAUAAUAUGCUUGUUGUUCCGCCUGGAUUGGGGAUUGUCCACCAGGUUAAUCUAGAAUAUCUUGGCAGAGUGGUCUUCAACACAAAUGGCUUGCUUUACCCUGAUAGUGUUGUUGGUACUGAUUCACAUACAACUAUGAUAGACGGAUUAGGAGUUGCUGGUUGGGGAGUUGGAGGAAUAGAAGCAGAAGCUGCAAUGCUUGGCCAGGAUACUACUACAACUGCUCAUCAUCAAGAAGGAUCCUUGGUCCAAGAGAAAGUUGAAGACACAAGCUCUAAAGAUGCCAAUUCAGAUAUUACUGCAGCAAUUCAGCCAACCACAACUAGUACCAUAACUUGUGCCGUUUCAACACCUAUGGGAACUCAUGCUGAUUCUGUUUCAUCAAAUAUUCUUUCUCAUAGCCCAUCUGGUGUGUCGACUACUUCAACAGUUAUUCCUGGUCCUACUCAAGUUUUUAGUGUCCUAGAAAAUGAAGGUUCUGCCAAUUCAUCUACUUUUAAUUUUUCUACUUCUGGCAAGGAGGAAGAAAAUGUGAACUUCCCAGGUCGCCAACCAUCUACCUCCCUUAAUGAGGCUGGGAUUUUGAGUGGAAUGGCUGGGGUGCUCUAUCCAGUCAAUUGUCAUCUAGUAUACCUUCAGCCGACAUGCUUUCAGGGGGUGAAGGCUAAUGAAGUAACUGGAUUUGUUGAUACUGGUAGUGGUGCUGAGGGUUCAUCUAUGGCUGGCAGGAUUUUUUCACCUCCUAUAGUUACUGGCAUGGAGUGGAGGCCUGGAGUUUCUUUUAACCAGAAUCAGUCAGUAUGCUAUUGUGUACCUCUUUCAAUGCUUGAUUGGGUGCUGAAUCAUUUUUAA